AUGUAUACGUGUAGUGAAUGUGGUAAAAACUUUACGCGGUUGGAUAAUUUACGACGCCAUGCAAGAAAUAUUUGCAAAAUAGAACUUGAAUCUACCAGUCAAGCUAAGAAAAUCAAGCUGGAUAGUUCACCUGAAACGCUUCCGAAAACGGUUUUUCGACCACCCACACAAGAACAUUACAACAUAGAACAAACUCAGCGGUGGUGUAAGACGUAUCAACAGCGGUAUUCAGAUGCAGAAUUGUCAGAUCCAGAUUUAGUUCAUCAGCUGCAUAUAUCAACUUUAAAGACUGUUUCUGCAACUUCCAACAAAAUGUGCUUGAGAUUAAAGAAGAGAAGUUUCGAGUACCUAUAUAGAGCGUUGAAAGUGAAUAUGAAGGUGUUUGCAAAAUAUGUGUUACAGACCAAAGAUGUCGUGGAUAUCACGUCAUCCAAUACAACUAACAAAGUAAUAGAUGAUAAAGUAGAUCUACCUGUUGUUUACAAGCAUUUCACUGAUGAGAUUAUAUCACAGUUAUCGGAGUUUGAAAAAAAGGAUUCUGGUAAGUUAUUUAGAUAA